GGGGGGGCGGGGCGAGGGACUUAUGCACUUCUGCUAUUUGUAAUCUAAAAUUCAGCCUUUUACUUUCUUUAUCAAUUUGUUCACAGCGGACGAAAUUUCAAACUUGACGUCUAGGUUUCGCCUUGGACUCGGUGUAUUCGUCGAUAAGCCUGCCGCUCCUUACAUGGACACAAGUCCUGUGAUGGUUGCUCAUCCUGAUCCGAAAAAUCCAAACUCCAUUCCAACCUUUGGGUACCGCAACGUCCUGCCGCUAAACAAGAACGCGUCCGAUUUCCAGGAUGCUAUCGAAAAAUUGCUGUCUUCUGGAAAUGUCGACAACCCCGAGGGGGGCUUGGACGCUCUCGUUCAAGUGGCUGUUUGUGAAAAGCAAAUUGGUUGGAAAAACAAAGAAGAUGCUAGAAGAGUUGUAGUGCUAACAACUGAUGCAGCUUAUCACUUCGCUGGAGAUGGACUGCUGGGUGGCGUUGUCGUCCCUAAUGAUGGUCUGUGCCACUUGAAGGACAAGGAAUACACUGUUUCAACAGUUUUGGAUUACCCAUCUCCAGGAUUGGUUCGCGAGAUUUUACUUGAAUCUAAUGUGGUCCCAAUCUUUGCUGUCACAUCCAACGAGAAACCAAUAUAUGAGCAACUGGCGAAGUUUUUGGGCAACGAAACUUACGCCGAGGUAGGCGAGCUACGAGACGACUCGUCAAACAUUGUGCGAGUUAUUGGAGAAGCGUACAAGAAAAUAGCCCGCACAGUGACAAUACGAGAUGUUGACUCUGAAGGACUGAAGCUGCGUUACACUGCAGUAUGUCCAAAGGGAAAAGUUUACCAAGACACAAAAACAUGUACUGGUGUUGAAUUAGGAGAUACGGUAUCCUUUCGAGUGUCUGUAUCUAUGACCAAUUGUUCAGACGACCUACCGACAAAUUUUUCUAUCAAGACUCCGUACGGACAAGUCUUCCUGAAGCUUUCUUACAUCUGUGACUGCGAAUGUGAGAAGAAAGAAAAUAUGGAAGCCAAUAGCACCAUUUGUAGUAACAGAGGCUCUUUGAUGUGUGGAAUAUGUUCCUGCAACGAUGGAUGGGCAGGCGAAUACUGUUCAUGCAGAACGGAGGAUGAACGGAGGGGUUGCCCAAGCAACAACGAUGGUACGUGUAGUGGCCAAGGAUCUUGUAGCUGUGGCAAAUGUUACUGCGACGAUACCAAGGAUCCUAAAGGAUUAAUUUAUGGUAACUCAUGUGAGUGCGACACCCUUAGUUGUCCAAAAGACCUUGAAAAUGAAGAGAUAUGUGGCGGCCCAGAGCGCGGAUUUUGCGACUGUGGUAGAUGUAACUGCACCGAAAACUGGAGCGGUCCCUCGUGUAGCUGCAGUACCAGUUUAGAGGGAUGCACAAAGGACGAGGUCCUCUGUAGCGGCAGAGGAACUUGCAGAUGUGGAGCUUGCGUGUGUAACGCUUCCUUGCCCUACAGAGGCCCCUUCUGCGAUGAAUGCCUGAGCUGUAUAGGCAACUGUGAAGCUAAUAGGGCAUGCGUGCAAUGCCGAAUGUUUGGUACUGGAGAACUUGUCGGAGAGGAAUGCUCUCGAAAAUGCAAGGAUUUUAAAAUCACUGCUGUGGACAAGUUAACACCUGCUAUGGGCAAACAGUGUCGCUUUCUAGAUGAGGACGAUUGCUACUUUGGGUUCGCCUACACAAUAAAAGCAGAUGGACAGUUGGAGAUUUCUACACAGAGAAACAAAGAUUGUCCAUCUGAAAUGAGGGCACUGUUAGUGAUUCUCAGCGUAAUUGGAGCUGUGUUAGCUGUUGCUUUAGCUCUUUUACUAAUAUGGAGAGUAUUAGCGACGAUACAGGACCGGCGAGCGUUUGCAAAAUUUGAGAAGGAACAACAGAAUGCAAAAUGUGUUAUGGCUGAAAACCCCAUCUUCAAACCAACGACCACAACCUUUCAAAAUCCCAUGUACGGAGUUAAAACAUGAAGCGGAAAAUUAUAGAUCUAGACAAACAUCUUCCGUGAUAAGGUACCUGUCAGGGGGACACCUCCGGUACCAUUACAUCGAAUUGUGGUCCAGACCACACGUAAACGUGUGUCUGGCGCCUUCAGGACACCACUCGUUAGGGGACAGUUAGACUCUCUCUAAGGUGAUCCCUCUCGGGAGAUUCGAUUUAGUUAGUCUUCCAUUCAUGACAUCGAUGUGCAUAGUUGUUAGUUGAAUGAUGCUAUGGUCCGCUUGUGAGUCGAAAUAAAAGUUUUACGUACUUUUUA